AUGCAGGCAGCAACCAAUACUCAUAGCACACAAAUUUUAACUCAGCAAAUAAAGCUUGAAAAUGAGAUAAAACCCCAUAUUUCUGUCAAAGAUAGAAUUUCUAAAAGUUUCUACAAACAAAAAGUACAUACCGUUUCCGUUUACCAUGAUAAUUCUGCCAGUUCUAAACAAUCAGUUCUUGAAUACCCUUAUUGUACUAAUAAUGGUUUCGUUGCUGCAAUAAUUCAUGCUUAUAAUCACCAUCAACAUUUACGUUUAAGUCCUGAUGAUAUUUGGCUUACAAUUUCUCAAGGCGUUAGUCGUCAUAUUAAUUAUAAUGCUGAGAAAUUUCGUCAUUAUUUCGUUAAACAUGAAGGAAAGAAAGAAGUUGCUAUCUUUGCUGAUGAUAUCUUACACACAAAUCCAAAUAAAGAUACCCUUGAAGGUAAUUGGCCAGAAGUCGUAAAUAGACUUGUUAUAGAAACUGAUAAACGUGUGGAGAAAAUUGACCUUGCUCAAUUAUUGGAAUGUGAUUUCUCAACAACAACUUCAAGCUCUUUAACGGCAAGUCGUAUCGUAUUAUUAGAUAUGGUUAAAGCUUAUUUUAGUUUUAAAGUCAUGCUUGUUUGUGGAAUUCCAAAAGUUACACUUGAAGGUACACUCGAAGAUUGGACAAAGCUUCAAGAAAAAGUCAUUAAAUUAAGAAACUUAAAUUUAGAAUUAGACUUUUGGUUGGAUCGCCUUGAACCUGUGAUUUGGAAAUUAGUAGAUACUUAUCGUGGUGAGGUUGAUAAAGACUUUUGGAGCCGAGUUAUGACUUUACGACAUUAUGGUUCUGGAGGACAAAUUACACUUACAGGAUGGAUCACGGCAUUCUUUCCUUAUGACCGUUCAGGAACUGCUUUAAAUUCAAAUUCAAAUUCUUUAGAUGGUGGUGAUUUUCCAGAUGGCACAGUAGAAGUCCCAUUUACUACUGAUACUGGGCUUUCUUUGAAAUUUGCAGCCGGUUUUAUUGGAACUAAUCAAGAAAUUAUUGAAACUUUGGGUAGUGAACCUGUUGUGUCUCCUGUUAUUGGAUGGGCUGUUAUGGAUAAUGUGAAGGAUUCUUCUAAUAAUGAUGAUUUUGGAUAUUAA